AAAGGUCAAAAAGGCAGGCACUGUCAGGCAGGUAACCAGAAGUGUGUGUGCGUCCUCUGUAAUGCUGUUGCUCUGCGUCGCUGUGCUCGGCCUCACCGGCAGCUCUCUGUCUGCUGCCGUCCCACCGCGAGCUGCUGCGGGAUCCAGAAACAAGCUGCUGCUCAUCUCCUUUGACGGAUUCCGCUGGGACUAUGAUCAGGACGUGGACACCCCGAAGCUGGAUAAGAUGGCCAGGGACGGGGUGAGGGCAGAAUACGUCACCCCACCCUUCCUCACCAUCACCAGCCCAGCACACUUCACCCUGCUCACAGGACGUUAUAUUGAGAACCACGGAGUAAUCCACAACAUGUGGUUCAACACUACCACUCAGGAGAAGAAGCAAUACUACCAAACUCAGUUUGUUGAUUCCUACUGGGACAACGGCAGCUUACCCAUCUGGAUAACAGCACAGAGACAGGGUCUAAAAGCAGGUUCUCUGCAUUUCCCUGGAACAGCAGCCACCUACAGAAGGGAGACUGUGGAAGUUAGACAAGUGGAACCUUUUCUCUAUGAUCAUUCAAAUGAGACCGAUUGGAGGCGGAACAUUGACAAGGUGAUUGGAGAAUGGUUCCACCAACAGGAUCUGGACUUUGUCUCCUUGUACUUCGGAGAGCCAGAUUUGGUUGGGCACAAAUAUGGACCAAAUUCCCCAGAACGCCGUGAAAUGGUCAAGCAAGUAGACCGUACCGUGGGCUACCUCCGGGACAAAAUCCAAGAGCAUGGCCUUACUGACCGGCUCAACAUUAUCAUCACUGCAGACCACGGGAUGACUACAGUUCUACGAGGUGGAACCGUUGAAGAGAUCAUCCUCUCUAAGAUCCCUGGAUUCAGCUUCAAGGAUAUCAAGUUCCAUCUGGUGGAUUAUGGUCCUGCUGGGAUGCUGCUUCCUAAAGAGGGGAUGCUGGAGAAGGUCUACCAGGCUCUGAAAGGAAGCCACCCUCACCUUCAUGUGUAUAAAAAGGAGGAGAUGCCAGCUAGAUUGCACUACGGUAACCAUCCUCGACUCCUGCCCAUCAUCCUCUUUGCUGAUCCCGGAUAUGUUAUCAAUGGGUUUUUCCCUGUGCAGUUCCACAAAGGAGAACAUGGAUUUGACAAUCAAGUGUUGGACAUGAAGCCUUUUUUCAGGGUGGUGGGACCUGAUUUCAAGAAAAACCUGGUGGUCCCGCCAUUUGAGACGGUCAACGUGUACCCACUGAUGUGCCAUCUACUGGGGAUAAACCCAGAAGUUAACGAUGGGCACCUGGACAAUACCAAAGACAUGCUGGCCCCCAAAAAAAUCAAACGCGGACUGAAUGACCUGUCUCCAGUGGUUGUCGGUAUAACUGCAGUGACUGUUUUUCUGGUAGUGGUGUUCAUAAUGACCACUUCCUAUGCUGGGUGCAAAAGGAACCAAGCAGAAAGCCGGUAACAUGCUGUAAUCAUCUUAUGGAAUCCAUUUUAAUUUUCAACAUGGACCGUACAUCUGGGGACUUUGGUGAAGAAAAGACAGACAUCAAGCAAAGCAGUUUUUAAAAAUAUCCAAAAUUCUUCUUAUUCAAUCCAUAUCCUCCCAUUAAUGACAGAUACAAAAUGAUGGUACAGAAGCACUAAAUAUUACCAUGUCCAUGGAACGAAUGACAUGUACGUGAUCUGAUGGACGAACUUUUGACCAUUUUUUCAUGACUGACAAAAUAUGGCAAAUCUAUCCCAAGAUUGUGACUGUGUAUAUUUUCAUUAAGAUCACAACACAUUUUCAGAUUUGAAAUACAGAGACAUUUUUAAGUGUAGCCUUUUGAGCGCUUUGCCGUCGACUAUCAUUCAUUGUGAUGGCUUUAUCCUUUUUGUUGUAUCAACUUUGCAAAAAGCUAGUUAACACCUUAUAUAAAAAGCUGAGUAAUACAAUGGUAGAUUUGUGUAGUUCUUAUUUUAUCCUUUUAUUAAUACAGGAAAUGACCUUAAAAUCCUAUAAUACUGCUGGUGAUACAUUUGUAUUUAUUAUAAACUUGUUGGGCCUUAAACAUCUAUUACUGUGGAUACCACCAUUAUAACAUGUCGAACAAAGGUUCAAGAAACCCAAUAAAACUCUGUAAACAAUGUGAAAUGUUGACUCUAUUUUAAUUUAAAAGUAACAUUCAUAUUUCUCCUUUUGAUUAUUAUAGUGUUGAAAACAAAGCACCUCGGUAAGUUAGGGUAUAACUUGUAAAACGCUUAAUAAGCACCGUAACUUUCAUGAUCUGUGAACGGCCAAAUGUUGUGUCACGGUAAACGUUGCUGCAAGGCAUUGUUGGACAGCAUUUUCUCCUUUCCUUUAAAAUAGGAAGGUCCAGUGUUUCCUAAACUCAAUGGAGAUUAUAAAGGAAGUUUCAAAGCUCCGUUCCUAUCAUCGAGAGAAUCCGAGCAGCUCUUAUCAUUGCUGCCACUUGGGUAUUUCUGGGUCAUUUCUCUCCGUUAGGAGCCUAGAAACUAAGCUAAACUGCAACCUUUGAACUAUCCUCUGUUGAU